AUGGCAGUUGCACUCAAACAAAUCGCCGAGGUCACAGAGACAGACUCUGGUAGAGAUUCUGGCAGAGACGAUACUGACAUAGUCGACGAGUCCCUCAGUCUAGAUCAGCUCCUCGAUGAGCUCGCACAGGAAACAAAACCACAAAGCACCAAAGAGAACGAGUUCUCGCAGAUCCAAGCUGGGCUUGAAAAACUACCAAAAAUUGACAGCAAUCUAGAACAGCGGCUUGAGGAAGCUGCCAAGGCGAAAAAACAGGUGCUUCCAGCUACCUCCGUCAAAAUCAACGACCCCAUCGCACACAAAGUCAAGAAGACGAAAGAGGAGAUCGAUGCUGACGCAGGCAGCAAAUGGUUUAAUAUGAAAAAGAAAGAGAUCACGCCUGAAAUCAAGCGUGACAUGCUUGUCAUCAAAAACAGAGCUGUGUUAGACAGAAAGAGACAUUACAAAAAGGACAAGUGGGAAAUUCCAAAGUACUUCCAGACAGGUACCAUCAUUGAAGGUAACACCGAAUAUUACUCCGCCAGACUCGCAAAGAGAAACAGAGGCCGUUCCCUUGCUGAAGAAAUCUUGAAUGAUGAGGAGGGUGGAAAGUACUUCAAGAGAAAGUACCACGAGAUCCAGAGCGAGAGAACGAGUGGAGGAAAGAAGCACUUGAAGAAGCUCAAGAAAAAGAGACAGGGCUACUAG